AAAACACAGGAAAUUAAUGCAAGAGGGUGGUGUUAACAUUUAACUUAAAGGACAUUUUGUUUAUAAAUAGAUCUACAUUCCUAAAGAAUGGAUUGCAUAGAAUGAAAAUAUUAAGUUAAACGGAAGGGUGAAGCAAUCGGAAAAGGCAAAUGGAACAGAGGUUAUACCUACGCUCCUCAUCCGCUGAUGCGAGUCAGGAUCGUUUAAAUCAAGUAGCCAUAGAAGAGGAUGAGCAUGAUAAAGAAGAUAUUGAUUCAUACCACUACAAAGGUCUGGAUGCUGCAGAACAUAUAGUACGCACAUGCAGUGGUUAUAAAGCACAUUGGAAAGAAAUAGGACCAACAACAGUUGUAUGUAGUCAGAAUCUGUCAGCGAAACAAGAUGAGCACAUUUAUAGUCAAAACUUCAGCAAAGGACAAGAAAAUACUAUGAAUGUAUAUAGUAGUGUAAACAAUAAUGAUGAUAAAGUGCGAUUAAAUUUUUCAGAACUUGGGCAGUGUCCAAACACUGAUGAAUAUGUAUUUAAAUUAAGUGACACUGAACUGUCUAUUUUUGUGUCGAAAGUACUAGCCGAAAUAGGGAUUACAGAAGAACUGGUAGAAGCACGAAGAAACACAUGGCUGGAAAUAGAAAGCAUAAAUACUGUCCACUGGCGCCUUCAAGAUGAUAAUGUGACAUGGUACCAUUUCGGCAGUCAAUCUGAAGGAACGACCACUUUUGGGUUAGAUUCCGAUGUAGACAUGUUGGUUUCAGAGAAUGACAAAAGGGUCAUUCUGGAAAUUGAUGAAUGGAAGCAAGGGUUCGACAAUCUAUUGGUACAUAAACAGGAAGACACUUCCCCAGGGUACUGCAAUCUUUUAGCCAUGAACAGUAAAGAACCCACUCUAAUGGCUCAAGUUGAUGACGAUGAAAUGUAUGAGCAAGGUAAAGAUGGUAAAGUGUAUCUUAAAUGCGAAUUCAUGCAGUAUCGUGUCGAUAUAGUUGACGAGCUCCAUGGUCCGGCUGUGAAUCGGACGAGUAAUGCACGAGGAAUCGAUGAGGACUAUGUCUUUGCGUAUUAUUGUUCCCAUCUUCCAAAAGAGGCAAUGGACUGGAUAGACAGAACAAAAGAUAAACCGUGGCCAAAGGAUGAUGUACGGAAACGUGUCAUUGAAAGCGGUUGCUUUAUUGUUGCAGUUGGGCAUAAGCAGAGCGAAGAUUUAAGGACUGAGUUUAGGAUGUCUACCACAUUAGGAGAACGGAUACUCAUGUUUGACAUGAAUAAUUCGCAAAUACAGUGUUUGGUUCUGAUGAAAAUGCUAAUAAAGACAAUUGUAAACAAACAAUAUAAGGACGCUAUUAAGAGUUUCUACUGUAAAACAGCCUUAUUUUUUGUAACAGAGCAAUACGGGAAAGACAUGUUUAGACAAGAUAGUAUAUUGGAAUGUACACGCAAAUGUUUAGAAUGGAUCUACCAAUGCCUCAAAAAUGGAUACAAUCCCCAUUACAUGAUUUACAGUCUGGAUAUGUUUGAAGGAAGAUUAGAUGCCACCCUGAGGGAAAAGGUUGGAGAGUGUAUCAAAGAUAUCAUGGCUUAUCCUAUUUUAGCCAUACUGAAGAUGCAGUGUGAUGAGUUUGGGAGAAAACUAUACAAUAGGAUUAAAACCUCUGAACAUUAUAUCUCUGAAACACAGGAAAUAAUCCGUUCGAAAAUUGGGAACUUUCUUUGUAGAGCUUACAUUUUGAGGGGUCUUAAGGAGCCAUCUUUAUACGAUGAUCCAUCGAAUUACGAUGUAGAACGAGAAAUCGAGAUAAACAAGGCAAAACUGUCGCGUUGUGAAAUAUUACACCAACAAGGAGAUACUUUCAUGCAAAAGGCAACGGAACGAUAUAGAUAUUUGUUGCAAGCUAACUUAGGCAUGCUAAUGGCCGCUGAAUCUAUUCAGAAAAAUUGCAAACUGUCUGAUUCUGUUUUGCAAAGCCUCAAAGAAGGUACGUUUGCCGACGCUGUUUCAGGUAGGCUGAAGUUCGCUACCGUUUUGGUUUGCGUAGGUGACAUCACUGGAGCAAGUGGACUUUUGAAAGAAGUAGAAACAGCCUACAGCGACCUCGCUGUUGAAUCAGUGUGUAACUGUUCAGGAGAAGUCGAGUAUGUACCUAAAACUGGUUUUGGAGACAAUGCAUUGGCGUUAAUAAAUACAGGUGCUUUAUAUGCAAAUAUCUGCCAUUGCUUACUUUUUGUUGAAACUCUUAAACCAUGUUUUCCUCGUGGAUGGCUUGAUGCUGUAUUCCGACCAAUUGAUCAACGGUCAGAUAUGGAUGACCUUAUGGAAUAUGUAAGCUUGGAUCCCAAGCCAUAUUUUCAUUUCGUGGAACUGAUGUUACAAAAGGAAUUAAACAAUCAAACCAAAGCACUGAAAGCAUUCCAUCAGCUCGAGAAAUGUGUUUCAGAGGAACCAUUGUUUCACAAAGAUACGGCGCUGGUCCUACUUAGCCAUUCUUUAGAAAUGGACGGACAAAUUGAAAAGGCAAAGAUUAUAUAUGAUGAGGCUUGUUGCCUAAGAAAACGCAAUAGAGGAUAUAAAAGCUCACAUGUGAGAUAUAACAGUAAUCAAGUAUAAAGCAAAAUAACAACCAUUUCACAAACAAAGAUGUCUUAGGUAAUUAACAUACAAUAAUUAAGUAAGAUGAUUUGUUAUUGAAAGUGAUAAGCUAUACAGAGUUUUCCUCGGCGCGUAGUUAGAAAAAUCGACUAUUAUAAACAUUUGGUAAUUAUUUAAUGGAUAAACUUAAUAUAAGGAAACGACUUCCAGUAGCACGCAUAUGACGUCUUUGGGAUUCCCAUACACAUCUAACGAACGGACCACAAUAAUGAGUGUAACAUGUCAUUAUUUUUAAUUGGACAAUACAUUGAAGGGGUAGUAAGAUGUGAAGAAUUACUUUUUCAGCCCACUUAUCAUUUUAAGACUGUAUGAAUGUCUCUUAAAAAUUAUGUUUCUAAAUGGAAUGCAAAUAAGUCAAUCUCUUACCUUGUAAAAGUGUUCAACGAUGCCCAAACAUUUGUUUAGUUAACAUGUGUAUUGUAGUUAGCGCAUAGCACAGCUUAUUUCAGCUAUGGUUUGAAAUCGAACAACACAAGAUAUGUAACUGAAACUGUGUUAAAGUGUUUGAGCUAUUAAAUAUCAUUAAAAAUAGUUUUGGAGCCUCCGUUUCAAGUGUGUUGAGCCAAGAAAUCAAAAUUGUGGGUUCGAUCCUCAACGGAGAAAAGAACGUUCAUAUGAUGAAGCUGACCACAUAGUUUACGAUAUAUCGUGGUUUUACAUUAAUGUUCAACUCUUAAAAAAGAACAUUGAAAUGAUUUAAUUGUUGUUAAACUUAAAUGAUUUAGACAUAAUCAGUUACAUGAUGCAAUAUAGUUUGGUAUACUAUACUCCUUGGGACGUUUCUAAAGCAUCACUUUUCAAACUUUGAUAUCUCAGUUAGGAGUAAAGAUAUUGAUUAAAAUUUUUACAUACGAUCAUUUGACUACAUUCUAUGCAAGCUCACAAUAAAAUCAUUCAUCCGUGACGAUUGAACGCUUUAGCACGUCGGGUAGGUGUGGUUCCAUUUUUUUGCACGUGGAAAUGUUGAAACGCGAUUUAUUCUAGUUUUAUUUCAGUUUAAUUAUUUUAGGUGGGUUCUUACACAAGGAAAACAUAAAAUUAAUUUACAAAACAAUAUAUCUCGUAUGGAUAUUCAGGAGCGCAAUCGCGCACUUUGCAUUUUACAGGCUACCUUUCCCGCUUGCCUUGCUAAAGCGUCCGAUCGUCACGGAUGAAUGAUUUUAUCGUUAGCUUGCACAUAUUGUAGUCAAAUGAUCACAUGUGCAAUUUUAAAGAAAAAUACUCAUUACUGAGAUAUGUAAGUUUUAAAAGUGUUGCGUUAGAGAAAUUACCGAGUGUAGUAAAAGGCGAUAUACAUGUUAUUCCAAUUUAAUUUCAAUUUCAUAAUUCUAAGUAAGUUUUUACACAAGAAAAACAUAACAUUAAUUAAAUAAAAAACAAUAUGGCUCGUAUGAAUAUUCAGGAGCGAAACGGCUCAAUCGGCAUGUUGCAAGCCGGUCAGUUAUUAAGACGUGUAAGUUUAUGCGUUUUACUUUUCACAUUGUUAUUAUUUAACGUUGUACGAGUUUGCGAAUUUGACUUUUGAAGUGACGUUUUUAAUUUGUUUUAUAAUUUGUUGUUUUUCAAUUUCAAUUAAAUUUUCAGGAAUUAUCA